AUGGCGCGUAACGAGGAGAAAGCGCAGUCCAUGCUGAAUCGAUUCAUCACCAUGAAAAAUGAGGAGAAGAAGAGGCCCAAGGAGCGUCGCCCUUACCUUGCUUCUGAGUGUCGGGACCUUGCAGAGGCCGACCGAUGGCGCAGCGAGAUCCUUCGAGAAAUCGGCGUCAAGGUGAGCGAGAUCCAAAACGAGGGUCUAGGCGAGCACCGGCUCCGUGACCUCAACGACGAGAUCAACAAGCUUCUCCGUGAGCGGGUGCAUUGGGAGCGCCGCAUCAUAGAGCUGGGUGGCCCGAACUAUCUGAAAAAUUCCGCGAAGAUGACUGAUCUGGACGGGAACAUCGUGGACGUUCCCAACCCUAGCGGCCGUGGACCGGGAUACCGGUACUUCGGUGCGGCCAAGAAGCUUCCCGGCGUGAGGGAGCUCUUCGAGAAGCCGCCUGAGAUUAGGAAGAGGCGAACGCGGUACGACAUAUACAAAAGGAUCGACGCCAGCUAUUAUGGAUUCAGGGAUGAAGAGGAUGGGAUUUUGGAGAAGCUGGAGGGCCCCGCGCAGGAGGAGAUGCGGGCGCAGGCACUGGCGGAAUGGCAGAUGAUGGACGCGAUCAGGAAGGAGGCGAGGAAGGCUGUAAAGAGUGGGGAAUUGGUAACAGUGGGGCCUGUGGUGGGAGAAAUCUUAUACGAAGGAGAGGAGGAUGUCGUGGAGGAGGAGCGGAGAAAAGAGACGGAGAGAGAGAAAAAGAUGAAGGAACAGGAGUUCGUGGUCCAUGUUCCCCUGCCGGAUGAGAAGGAGAUCGAGAGAAUGGUUUUGGAGAAGAAAAAGAUGGAGUUGCUGAGCAAGUACAUGAGUGAAAAUUUGUUGGAGGAGCAAAUUGAGGCAAAGACCAUGUUGAAUGUGCAACGCUAG